UUUAAAAACAACGGCGGCAUUACCGAAGGGAAUUCCAUGUCCGAACCUGAGACAGAAAAAACUAACCAGAAACCUCUCCCUUCCAAUCUCUCACUCUCUUCUCAGAUCCACCCAUCCAUGGCUUCUCGCUAGUUAAUCCCAGUUCCGUCGGAGAAAGAAGCAUAACCGAAGUGAAUCGAAGAAGGCAGUACGAGAGAGAGCGAUGUCUGGCUCUGUUCUUUGGGUCUCUUCGCCCGCAGAGGCCGGCCGGAGCUCGGUUCUUCUUCGACAGUUUAUGAGCGAGAGGGAGAGGAGGAGGAAUUGGGGGAGAAGCAGGGGGGAAUGGAGCUGUGGCGCUGUUUUGGCUAAUGGGUACUCGGUUUCCUCGAGCUUGGUCGCGGCCCCACCGAGGUCCUCGGAAGAGGUGGUCCAUGACGUGGUCCUGAAGCAGGCGGCGCUGGUCGGAGAUGCGAGAAGGAAGAGGGUGGCGGCGAUGGAGGUCUCGGUUCCAAUGGGCUGGAGUCUAUUAAAUGAGGCUUAUGAUCGAUGUGGGAAGAUUUGCGCCGAGUAUGCCAAGACUUUCUAUUUAGGAACGUUGCUAAUGACUCCUGAGAGGCGAAGAGCUAUUUGGGCUAUCUAUGUAUGGUGCAGAAGAACUGAUGAACUCGUGGAUGGGCCUAAUGCCUUCCAUAUAACUCCUACUGCACUGGAUCGGUGGGAGAAGAGGUUGAAUGAUCUAUUUGAAGGUCGUCCAUAUGAUAUGUUUGAUGCGGCUCUAUCAGAUACUGUUUCAAAAUUCUCUAUAGAUAUUCAGCCCUUCAAGGACAUGAUUAAAGGAAUGAGAUUAGACUUGAAGAAAUCAAGAUACAAAAGCUUUGAUGACCUCUACCUCUAUUGUUACUAUGUUGCUGGGACAGUGGGGCUUAUGAGUGUUCCGGUAAUGGGCAUUGCUCCAGAUUCUAAGGCUUCAACAGAGAGCAUUUACAACUCUGCCUUGGCACUUGGAAUAGCUAAUCAGCUAACCAACAUACUAAGGGAUGUUGGAGAGGAUGCCAGGAGAGGAAGAAUAUACCUCCCACAAGAUGAACUAACACAAGCGGGUCUAUCAGAUGACGACAUUUUUCAAGGUAAAGUGACUGAUAAAUGGAGGAAUUUUAUGAAGGAUCAGAUUACGCGAGCAAGAAUGUUCUUUGAUGAGGCUGAGAAGGGCAUUGCUGAGCUCAAUUCAGCUAGCAGAUGGCCGGUUUCAGCAUCAUUGUUGCUAUAUCGGCAGAUUUUAGAUGCCAUUAAAGCAAAUGAUUAUAAUAAUUUCAGCAAACGUGCAUACAUAGGAAAGACAACGAAACUAGCCUCGUUACCCAUAGCAUAUGCCAGAGCACUUGUGGGCCCUUCCAAGUUUUCUAGCACGGCAGAGGUGAAGCCGAUUACAUUGGCAGAAGUUUCAGAUACUGUCCUUGCUCAAUCCACCAAGAUUAAGAAGACACUUGGCAAGAUAUUUCCAAAAGAGAGAAUGCAUUAAAAGAGGCUCAUAUGUGCAACUGUGCAAGGUUGACUGCAGUAGAGGAUCACGUUACCAUGUCACAGAUCGAGGAAUGGGUCGAUGAUGCAGCAGGGGACUGCUAAGUGUUGUACAGCAAUGAUACCAAGAUGGAAAUUUGCUUGACAAUCAAGACAAGAAUCAAAUUCUGAAUUGAUGCUUUGUCCGAGAACAAGAUGACGAGGAAGUGAUGGUGGUUUUAGAAAGAAAAA